AUGCCAUUACUACUCGGUCAGGUUGAUAGUGAGAGUGAAGAUGAUCAAGUUGAUGAAGAGAUUGUAGAGGAGUCGAACCCAGCCGUGAAAUCACUAGUCGUUCCAUCUACAUCUACUACACCGAUGGCUACACUGGUAGCUAAACCGGCAGUUGUUGAACCCGAGGUGAAGGCAUACAAGCCUAAGAUUCCUUUUCCUCAAAGAUUGAAGAAGGAUAAGCUCAAGGAACAAUAUGGAAUGCCGAAUUAUGCCAAGUUCAUCAAGGAUCUUGUGAUGGAUAAGAGGAAGCUAGAGGAAGCUAAGGCUACUUUCCUCAACGCGGAGUAUUCGACAACUGUGCAAAAUCAAAUCCCUCCUAAGCUUGAAGAUCCAGCGAGUAGUCUGAUUACUUGUUCUCUUGAUGCUAAGCUUACUUGUGAUGCUUUAGCCGACAUUGGUGCAAGCAUUAAUUUGAUGCCUUUUUCAGUUUAUAGGCGAUUGUCUUUAGCGGCUUUAAAGCCAACUUAG